AUGUCAACUACAGAUCCAAAUAAUCAAAGUUCAUCACCUCCCAACAUCUGUGCUGUUACUUCACCAAAUACUCAAUCAACUGCACAAAUUUGUUCAAAUUGUUCAACUACAAAGACUCCAUUAUGGAGAAGAGCACCUGAUGGUUCAUUGAUAUGUAAUGCUUGUGGUCUCUAUUAUCGUGCAAACAAUUCUCAUCGUCCAAUAAACUUGAAGAGACCACCUCAUGUUGUCACAGUGGGUCAAAAUGAUUCACAUUCUGGUACAUGUAAAGGUGAUGGUCGUUGUAAUGGGACUGGUGGUGCUGUUGGAUGUAAAGGGUGUCCAGCUUUUAAUAAUAGAAUUAUAAUAUCAAAUCCAAACAUUAAAAAAGAAGAUAGUCCAAGUGAGGGUGAAGUAAAUGUUGAAAGUUUAUCAAAAGAUUCAUUAAUUAAUGGUUCUAAAUCUGACCAAAUAAGGUCUCCAGAUUCACCUCAAUCAAAUACUAUACCAUCAUCAAAUGUUAUGGGUUCAGAACAAUUGGAAAAUGUUGCUAUUGCUUGUACAAAUUGUGGUACCACUGUGACGCCACUUUGGAGAAGAGAUGAUAACGGUGAUACAAUCUGUAAUGCAUGUGGUUUAUAUUACAAAUUACAUGGAUUACAUAGACCUAUAAAGAUGAAAAGAGGUGUUAUUAAAAGAAGAAAAAGAAAUCCUCAUACUGGUGAAUAUGAAAUUUCUCAUACAACAACCAAAAAAUCAAAAUUAGAUUCACAAUCAAAAUCACCAGUAUCAAUCCCACAACAAGUUCAGCAACCUAUUUUAAAUCAACCUCCUUCGUUUAAUCCAUCCGAUUCAAACCUAAAUGAUGAUCAGAAUAUAAAAUUGCCACCAAUAAGAAUGUUACCAAUAAAUAAUAAUGCUAGUAACAUUACACCACCUCACAAUCAUGAUCAUACAUUUUCACCACCAUCAUCAAAAAUACCAACAUCAAAUUCUUAUCCUCCAGCUGUGGAUUUCACAUCAAUGUUUGCAAAAAGAUUUGGAUCUAAUAAUCAACAACCUGAACAACCACUACAUCCAAAUUUUGAACAAACACCAGCUCAACAACAACCUUUAUCAAUCAUCAAUAGUGGAUUUCCAAGAGCAUCACCACCACAUCAAAAUAACACAGGGGAAGCAUUAAUAAGGCGCCCAUCUCCAACACUUCCACCACAUCAGCAUAAUUUUGACCGCAGUUCACCAACAUUACCACCUUUGAACCAACAAAAUAUGAAAGUUUCGUCAAUUUUGAAUAACCCAGAUACCAACUAUUCACAAAGCUCAUCUAAUGAUCAAUAUUUACCAGUUAGCUCAGUCCCAUUUCAAAGUGCUAGUAUACAAAAUGGUGGUACAGGUACAGCUACGUCUGAGUUAUCUAAAAGUAAUGAUGCAUUAUCUACAUCCGAUGAUGAUAAGAAGGAUGAUAAUAGAACCAUCCAGGUUUGA